AGGAACAAAAAGGGGGGCAAUCGGAGAUAUUUCUCUCUUUCUAGGGUUUCCGGUUCUUUCCUCCAUCUAUUUCGAUUCUUCCUCUCUUUCCGACGACGACUCCAUCCGUCCUAGGGUUUCAACUGGUUCUCAUCAGUGAUUUGAUCUUGCGGCUUGUUUUGUGGCGCAAGGGUGUAAUCUUGAGCGCGCGGGUCGAUUGCUGCGUCCAUCUGUUCCUUUCUUGAAGGUUUGGGUUGGAAAGGGUUCGGAUUUGCUUCCCGAGUUAUGCGAUCUUCAUGGGCUGAUGCAGUCGCGAACGCCGAGAUCUCGGCGGCCGCGACCAGUGCCUCUCCUAGUAACGUUUCGUCUGUCGCGGCGGCCCCCUCCCGCGGUGGUCGCCCCGCCUACGUUCCUCCUCAUCUACGGAACCGCCAGCCGUCUUCUGAGCCUCUGGCGCCGACCCUCGCCGAUGGUCCGUCGGGUGCUAGACAGCCGCCUGCUGGUGCCGCGCCAGCUGGUGCAAGCCGCUGGGGCAGUGGCCCCAUCCGUGACGUGGGUCGCCCCAUCUCUGGUGGUGGGAGAGGUGGACAGGGCGGUUGGCACUCCCGGAGGGACCGUGAGGUGAAUCCUUUUGCGAACGAUGAUGAGACCACAGAAGCUACGUUCAGUAGCCAAGAAAAUUCUGGGAUCAACUUUGAUGCCUACGAGGACAUACCUGUUGAGACGAGCGGCGAGAAUGUGCCUCCACCGGUGAACACAUUUGCAGAGAUUGAUUUGGGCGAUGCACUGAAUGAGAACAUUAGACGGUGCAAGUAUGUGAAGCCAACCCCGGUCCAGCGACAUGCGAUCCCAAUUUCACUUGCUGGGCGGGACCUGAUGGCCUGUGCUCAGACAGGGUCGGGAAAGACAGCAGCUUUCUGCUUUCCGAUUAUAAGUGGUAUCAUGAGUGGACCACCUGGACCAAGGCAAAGAGGCUCAAGGACUUCUUACCCACUCGCACUGAUUUUAUCACCUACCCGCGAGCUUUCUGUUCAGAUACAUGAAGAGGCUAGGAAGUUUGCUUACCAGACUGGUGUCAGGGUUGUCGUUGCCUAUGGUGGUGCUCCAAUUAAUCAACAGUUGCGAGACUUGGAAAGGGGUGUUGACAUUCUUGUGGCAACUCCUGGUCGUCUAGUAGAUAUGCUUGAGAGAGCUAGAGUUUCAUUGCAACACAUUAAAUACUUGGCCUUAGAUGAGGCUGACAGAAUGCUUGACAUGGGUUUUGAGCCACAAAUUCGAAGAAUUGUUGAACAAAUGGACAUGCCUUCACGAGGCCAAAGGCAGACUAUGCUGUUCAGUGCAACAUUUCCAAAGGAGAUACAGAGAUUGGCUUCUGACUUCCUUUAUAGUUACAUCUUUCUUGCUGUUGGAAGAGUUGGUUCUAGUACUGAUUUGAUUGUUCAGAGAGUGGAGUUUGUACUUGAUUCAGACAAAAGAAGCCACCUUAUGGACCUUCUUCAUGCCCAAAGAGAUAGUGGUGCUCAUGGAAAACAAGCUUUAACUUUGGUCUUUGUGGAGACAAAAAGAGGAGCUGAUUCAUUGGAACACUGGCUGUGUAUGAAUGGGUUUCCUGCAACCACUAUUCAUGGGGAUAGGAGUCAGCAGGAAAGAGAGCAUGCUCUGCGAACUUUCAAGAGUGGUGCAACUCCUAUUCUUGUUGCAACAGAUGUUGCAGCCCGUGGGUUAGAUAUUCCGCAUGUGGCACAUGUCAUCAAUUUUGACCUACCCAAUGAUAUUGAUGACUAUGUACACCGUAUUGGAAGGACAGGCAGAGCUGGGAAUUCAGGUCUGGCGACUGCUUUUUUCAAUGAGAGCAAUGCAUCCCUGGCGAGGUCGUUGUCUGAGCUUAUGCAGGAAGCAAACCAGGAGGUGCCACAGUGGCUCUCCCGCUAUGCUGCAGCUCGUUCUCACGGGGGCGGCGGCGGUGGCAGAAACCGGAGAUCUGGUGGGCCUCGCUUUGGUGGUCGUGAUUUCAGGAGAGAUUCUGCCUUCAGCAGGGGCGGGGGAGGAGAUUACUACAGCGGGGGCGGUGGAUACGGAGGAGGAUCAUAUGGUGCGUCUUCAGGUUAUGGGAGUGGUGGCUACGGGAGUGCUGGGGUGACAAGUGCUUGGGAUUAGGAUCAUUGACGGUUCCCAAACAACUUGACAUUGUUCCUCCCCUUAUUUAGGAAUAUGAUUUAAUAGGUCUCUGCAACGUGUAGGAUUAAUGUAGUUAGGGGAUGAUCUCUCUUGUGUUCUGUUGGUCCAACAUUCUAUCUUCUAAUUGGUUCCCCACUGCAGGAGGGGGACGUCUGCGUCGUUCUGAUAUUAAGGAGUUGGUGGUGACCGUCAAAUUUUUGUCGGCCCAUUUUGGGUUUCUUUCUCAGUGUUUUUUUUUCUUCCUUAAUUGGUGUAAUCUGGGGCUGUUUCUUUCAUUUCAGAACAUGAUCGUAUCCAGUGAUUUAAGAAGUGAGAAGUGAACAAGAGGUGAUAGGGCUUUUUGGUUC